CUAAAACCCACACGGUAACAAAUACCAAACAACUGAAGAAAGGCGUGCACAAGUGAAAGAACGAACAAAGCAAUAAUACAAACCUAAUGAUGUGUGAAAACUAAAAAAUAUCGAAAGACCGCUUAAGAAACUAAAUCUGCAAAGAGUUAGGAAAAAAAACUUAGAAUUACAAAUUGAAGAGUAUGGUGACUUGCAACUCGCUAAGUGUAAAAUACACGCAAGUUCAGGGAUACAAAUUAUUUCAUCUUUAAUAAAAAAUAAUAAAAAAAAAAAAAAACAUUUUAUUAACAAACUACAAAAACAAUAUAAAACACAAAUUAAUAAAAUACAAUAAAAAUAUAAAUAAAAAUAAAAAGCGACCAAUUAAUCACGGCUGAAAAAGGCAGUAAGCGGUGUGCGUGGAUUAAAUAUUGAUGAAAAUAUACGUGUGUGCGUGCAACGAAAUACGCCAAAGUGUAAAUUAAAUUUAUUGCAACAAAAUUUCGUGGAAGCAAAAAUCAACGCAUAUUGCAGGCAAGGGUAAAAAUCAAGGCAGAUAUUUAACAAGCGAAUUGCAGCUCAGCAAGUGGAGAUAUCCGGCACAGCAGCUAAUAGGAAUAAUACUAUCGGUGGUAGCAGCGACAACAGAAUCUUCAACAAUCCUAAAAAUAUACAUGUAAGUAAGUGUGUUAUCUGGAUUAAUGCAUACCACACAUUACUUCUUUGGAAAGUAGUACUUAUAUACGAACAACAACAUCGUGACUGUUGCAUGAUUUGUGUGUAUUUGGCAUCUGCACAGGGCAUCCGUAAUUAUAUGUACACACAUAUGUAUAUAUAUUGAAAGUACUGGGUUGCUGUGAAACAAACAGCUGUCUUCUUAUAUAAGCAAAUCAAAAAUAAAUGUCACAAAUUCAAAAUAUAUGUAAUUACUCCUCUUCACUUGCAUCUUCCUUCAAUAAGAAUAUAGAAAAACGAUCUCGCACAAUCAGCCAAGAAUCAUUGCAAGAAUGUGCAGUGUGUGGAGACAUAGCGGUUUGUCAGCACUAUGGUGUAAGAACCUGUGAGGGGUGUAAGGGAUUUUUUAAACGAACAGUACAAAAAAAAUCAAAAUAUGUUUGUCUAUCGAAUCAGUCAUGUCCUGUUGAUAGACGUCGACGUAAUAGAUGCCAGUUUUGUCGCUUCCAAAAAUGUUUGGGAGUAGGCAUGGUAAAGGAGGUAGUUCGAACCGAUUCACUUAGAGGACGUCGCGGAAGACUACCAACGAAACAGAAGGACAAUGACUAUUUUGGCAUAUAUCACAAUUUAUCAUUAAUAUCAACACUAGUUAAUAGUCAUAAGGAUACAACACCCGAUAUGUCUUGUUUGGACUAUGCAACAUAUUCAGAACCGCCAUAUAUAAGCUCGCCACUCAUCGUAAGAGAAUCAGAAAAUGUUCGAAAAUUUUACCUAAUAUUGAACAGCUCAGUAAAAAGGAUUGAGCAGUUUAUUUAUAGAAUACCCGGCUUCAGUGAAUUGUGUGAAGCCGAUCAGGAAUUGCUUUUUCAAUCAGCUUCAUUAGAAAUGUUUGUUUUGAGAUUAUCAUAUCGUACCAAUUCCAACGACUCGAAUAUAAUUUUUUGUAAUGGUAUGAUAAUGCAUAAGACUCAAUGUGAAAGAGUUUUUGGAGAUUGGCUCUUUAACAUUUUGGAGUUUAGUAAACAAUUAAAAAACUUAGAGAUGGAUAUUACUUCUUUCGUCUGUUUAUGUGCACUCGCUGUUAUGACAGUGCCAGGUCACAAGCGGACUAUUUUGUAGACCAACUCGGUUGUUUUCUGGGCGAAGGGACGACGAGGAUUGACGAAAGGACCGUGCUCGGGUGGCACGCUUUGCGUUCUUGUUCCUAACAGAUCGCUGCUACGUAAUUCAGCACUCCUUUUCAUUUUGAAUAAAUAGUGAAUAACGAAUACAAAUAAGACACUUCUGUUGGGUCACCCAACGUUACACCCUAUUAGUUAUUAAUUAAUUUAAGUUUAGUUACUCAUAAGAGAACAGACUCAAUUGUAAUAACAAACUAAGGUAUUAUAAAUUGUACGUGCAUAAUGCUCCUACAUAACUUAUUUGUAUAUACACACUUAUGCAUGUCUACAUAUGUUCCCAACAACAUAACAGCGAGAGUUUUCGUCACUCCUUUUGUGUGACUCUUUCGCAUGUGCAAGCAUAUGGACAUCCAUCGAAAAUAUUAGCAUAAGUCUAAUCAUUGUACCUAAUUACAUUUUUUUCAUUAAAAAAUAUAGUCUACUGAUGACCACCAAGA